AUGAAAACCACCCCCUCCAAGAAAAAAAAAAAAAAACACAGGCGAAUCGCGGCAAGCGCCGGGAUCAAACGCGCGCCGCCGCCUCCCGCCGGCGAAGGCGGACGGCACCCCAAAACCCCGACCGCCCCUCUGGAGACCCGCUGCGGGGGAAAGAAGUGGUUUUUAUCCCUCCCACCCCGUUCCUCCGGUUUUUUGGGGGCGUUUGUCCUCUUGAAGGUUUUUUUGUUUUCCGGCGUGUUGGCGCCCCCCGCGGCUUUCUUCACGACUCCGCGGGCGCGUGUCUGGAACCGUUUUCGCUCUUCUUUUUGGUGUGUUUGUUUUUCUUGCGCCCCAUUUUUUGGUUUCUUUUGCUGUUGUGGACUUUCUUAUUUCUGGCGCUUCUUUUUUUAUUUUUAUUUUUACGUUUUUUCGCUGUUGUCGGGAGUGUUGUUAUGGAGCGUUCAGGGGAUGCAUCGUUGGGAUGCGUUUAAACCGUUAGUUUCGUCUCUUUGCAAAAAGAAGCCUUCAUGGGAAACCGCAAUUGCUCAUUAUCAACGAUCUUUACUUGAAGUUGGUUCCUCUCUCGAAUUGGAGCAUGCACAACGGAUUGCCCUGUUGUUUUUGAAGCAAAAGGGGGGUCCGGGCCAGCUGAGCUCAUGGGCACGUCUUUUUUCUUUUGAGGAUAUUCCCACUUGCUCCUUAAUGUUAAAGGCACUUGUUCGCCAUGAUUUAUGGCGUUCGGCAAUCAACCUUUGGGUAUGGAACCCAAAUGACGCAACAGGGGAAGCCUUGAUUGAUGAAUUAGCGUUUUGUAACAUGUGGGAACAGUCAAUAUAUGUACUUCAGCAGCUUAUUAUGAAUGAAAAUUUUUGUAGAGAUUCAAAAAAAAAGAUAACAGGGGACAUUAUAGAAGAGAAACAUAUUGGUAGUGAUGUAGCUUUGGCAUUAAAUGAUGCGUUUCGACUAGCAAAUGACCCGACCUUUAUUCCUCCUGAAGAAAGAAGAAGACGAGGUACCAUACCUCAUCUUGUGAACACAGCUUUUCCGUUGAAGUCUCAGUGGCAAAUGGCUAUCUCCUUGUUAGUGCGACUUAGUGAACGUGACAUAUCGUCAGAUACGCGAAAGGAACUCCUAGAUGUUGCUGCGGCCCGUUCAGCCUAUCAAGCUGGAAGGAUGGAGGACACAUUUUUUUGGAUUAAAGAAACGGAAUAUUUUCGUGAGUCAAAAUCAUUACAACGAACUUUUUUUCGUUCUGCUAUUUCUAUUCAACGCUAUGAAGAGGCCAUCUCCAUAUUGGAAAUUUUGAGCAAUCAUGGGAUUGAAGAGAUUCCAUCCGGCAGCUUACAGGAUCUUUGCAAAUGUUUUGUUCGAGAAUAUAAUGCGGGAAAAUAUGUGGAGCUUUUAGAUCGAUUUUCCACUGUGGUUUUGAAAUGUUCAUCAAGAAUAUAUUCUAAAGAAACCAGAGAUGAAUUGAGACAUUUUUUCCAAUCUAAUGCUGUUGACACAACCGCAUUGGAUUUUGUGGGUUCUCUUGAACGUACAAGAGGAUCAACUUUUAUUUUUGGCGAUAGAUCACACUUGGAAGGAAUUGUGAAAAGUGCAACUGACAUUGACAAAGCUGCGAGUGCCUUGCUUCAUAAAGGGUAUUGGAAAGCAUCGUUAGAACUUCUUAAGAGGCUUUUGGAGGUCAAGCCGCUUAAUAAAAAUGAGGAGGUUCUUAUUGAGGCGGCUCGAGUCUCGUUGGGGAGCUGGAAAACAGCUAUCCUGUUUAUUGCAUAA